AUGUCCGAUUCCGACGAGCCCAUUGAUCCCAUUGACGAGGGCGGCGAUGAUCUUUUUGGCGAUGAUUCCGAUGCUGGCGACGCGGCACCUUCGCCGGCCAAGCAACAAGUUCUAAACGAUGACGACCUUGCCUCUGACCCAGAUGAAGAUGCGCGACCAAGACAGCGUGGCUAUUCACCAGAACAAGGCCAGGAGAUGCGCGAUGCGAUCGUCUUGGAUGUCACCACAUAUCGCCACCCCAUACCGAAGCCGAGUGAUGGAAUCCUUCGGACAAUGAAGGUACCCGAGUUUAUAUCCUUCCAGCCCGAACAGUACAACUCGGAAACCUUUGAGCCCACAGAAGCCGACAUUGCCAAUGCCAAAUCGGAACGGCCACAAUACGACGUCCGCUUUCGAAGGGACGAGGCUUCAGGCAAACUCGUUAGCAACACCAAUAUUCUUCGCUGGAGCGACGGCUCGGUUACCAUCUCGGUAGGGGGUGAGCAGUACGAGAUUUACAGGAAGCCACUCGCUCCAGCGCCAGGGCAGCCAUACAAUGCGAAGCAGGAUGCGCACCACUACGCUGCAGCUGCGGAGCUCAGCAGCAACCUAUUGAUGACGGUGGGCCACAUCACGGAGCAGUACAGCGUCCGACCCAACAAGUCCAUUGGUGAUGAAGCUAUGGCGUUGCUUACGAAGCGCUUGGCCGCCGAGAAGGGAGGAACUGCGGCCGAUAUGAUCAUCCGACAGACCGAAGACCCCGAACUGGCCAAGCGCAAGGCUGAGCAGCUGGAAAAGGAAAGGAACAAGGCACUCCGGAAACAAGAGAAUGCGAACGCGAAACAGGAGUUCGGGUUGGGCCGCUCCGGCCGUGGCGGUCUGUCCAUUGGUGCUCUCGAGGGCGCUGGCGGCGGCAGGAAGAGGGGUGCCCCUGGCGCGAAGCCCAAACGCCGUCGGCCUGAAUAUGACUCGGAUGACGAUCUGCCCCAAGGUGUAGGACGCCAGGAGAAGUAUGAUUUGGAAGAUGGCUUCCUGGUCGACAGCGACGAGGAGGAGGAGGGUUACGACGAUGGUGAUGACAUCUUGGACGAUGUAGAGGAGAAGCCUAGAAAACGGCACAGGACGGAGGAGGCAUCUGAGGCAGAGGAAGACGCCUCGGGCGACGAGAUUGAGCCCGCGCCCGAGGCAGCAUCACGGAGCAGGCGUCGGAAUGUUGUUGACAGCGACGAUGAAUAA